UGUUUCGUCUAUUCUUCCAGGUUCCAGUCUUGGGUUGGACCUUCCGCUGCGAACCCCACCCAACAAUCGACGGAACGAAGCGGAACUGAUCAAAAUCAUCGACAAAAGCGGCAUGAUCAAAAUCAAUGAUCAGUUGUACAAAACGACGCUGGUCGAGAUGCAGGACCUGGGAGAGCUGGGUAGCGGAACCAGCGGGCACGUGGUUAAAAUGCGUCACAAUCCGAGCGGUGCAGUGAUUGCCGUGAAGCAAAUGCGGCGCACCGGAAAUGACGAGGAAAACAAACGAAUCAUUAUGGAUCUGGACGUGGUGCUCAAAUCGGAAAACUGUCGCUACAUUGUGAAGUGUUUAGGCUGUUUCAUUACCGACGCGGAUGUGUGGAUUUGCAUGGAGCUGAUGACGACCUGUUUCGAUAAGUUGCAGAAAAAGUCCAAAAAGCCGGUUCCGGAGCGGAUACUGGGCAAGGUAACGGUUGCCACGGUGAAUGCGUUGGCCUACCUCAAGGAUAACCACAAUGUGAUCCAUCGGGACGUGAAACCCUCGAACAUACUGAUCGACGACCGGGGCAACAUCAAGCUGUGCGAUUUCGGUAUCAGCGGUCGGUUGGUCGACUCGAAUGCCCGGACUAGGUCGGCUGGGUGCGCUGCGUAUAUGGCGCCCGAACGAAUCGAUCCGGCCAAUCAGUCGUACGACAUCCGAGCAGACGUUUGGUCCCUAGGUAUAACACUGGUAGAGCUAGCCACGGCAAUGUUUCCCUACCGCAACUGUAAAACAGACUUCGAAGUGCUUACCAAAGUGCUCCAGUCCAGUCCGCCCAGCCUGCCCGAGGAUCAGGACUUCAGUUCGCACUUCCGGGAUUUUGUCAAACUGUGCCUGCAGAAGAACUUCGAAGCUCGACCCAAGUAUCCGGAUCUGUUGAAGCACCCGUUUCUGCAGCGGGCCAAACAGGAAGAUGUGGAUGUGGCCGGCUGGUUUCGUGAUGUGGCUUUCAGCAGUGGCAUCCAGCUGAGCUCUGCGGGGCUGGUUGCGUCCGGCAGUAGUGGGGUGACUUCCUCGAGUUUGGUCGGCUCCGGCAGUUCGCCGACUUCCGUCAGUAUCCAGAGGCCUUCUUCGUCGGCGUCCGAUCAGAAUAGAGUCCCGACCCCUUACGAAAGCCUGACGGAAGCGGUCCAGGCACAGUCCAACCAACAAAAGCAAUCAGCAAUAGCUUCAUCAAUACCGAUCAAAUCCAGCAGUCUGCCGCAACAGCAAAACAAUUUCGACGCCCAACAGCAAACGUUACAGGUGAAACUUAGCAGCAUUAGUUUAGCGCCAUCGUCACAAGCUACCUCGUCUUCCACCACAACAACAUCGUCUAUCGAUAUACGAUCUCCCUCGCCCGCACAACCACAGCAAAUGCAAACACCUCAGGCAAACUAUCUUAAACUGCAACAGCCAUCUGCGAUAUUUAGCUCUAGUACCAAUAGCAGCAGCACCCACAUCACCGCUGGCCCGGAAGUGAACCGAAAGUACAAACAUUCGCCAUUUCUACCGCGACGAGUAGCAGCGGCGACCGAUCCGAAUGCCAAUGCGGCCGCCGAGAACCCCAUGCACGCGUACGGCAGCCCGAAGAAGGAAUCGACCCUGAGCACCCUGGGCCAGAGCAUAUUCCGAAACUUGACGACGUCUCCGUUUUCGCAUCGUAAAUCGGAACAGAAAUCGUACAAACCGCCGCUGCCGGGCGAGGAUGGCGGCGGCGGUAGCGGAAUGUCGAUGCUCAACGGAAACCGACCCGGGUUCAGCAAUCCGUCGUCACCGCUUCUCCUGAACCGGAAGAUGAUCGACCUUAACGACGAACAGCAGUUCAAACAGCUGCAGGGGAACACUAGUCCUAUAGUUCUUCAACGGUUCUAUCACCAGCAGAACCAGCUGAGAGAAAACAAACAGCUAGAGCAGCAUCUGUCGACGAACCCGUUUUACCAGCCACCACAGCCAAGCGGAAUCCCCAUCAAGUACAGUCCCCUACCGUCGCAUCGGACCGUACAUCACGCGGCGAAUCCAGCCUUCGCUGGCGGUAACUACAUGGGGUAUCCUCAGAUGAUGCCACAGGAGGCGAGUAAUAUACCAAUGUACCAAUACCAACAGCUCAAUCCGGCAAACACCGGUUGCAACAGCAGCAGUAGUCCAAGUAAGCCAAAAACGGGUGGCUUCUUCAACACCUUUAGUCGAUCUAGGAGUCAAAACAACGGCGGCAGCGCCAGUUCUAGUCAACGAGAUAAUGCGGGUACCAGUGGCAGUGGGCUUCCCGGUAGCGAUGGUGGCUUUCCGGAAGCUGGAUUCUACCAGAAUCAACCAAUACAGUACGGACGACAAACGCUGCCGGAAUAUGGCAGCGCAAGUUUUGCCAAGCCUAGCGGUGUUAGCAAUGGCGACAACAUGAUGAAGAACGAUACAGGGUGGUUCAAUUCAAUUGCAGAUCUGGCCAAACGACGAUUCGCCUCGUUCGCGAAAGUGAAUCUGUCCAUCUCGAGCGGCGAGAAACGGCCCAAGGACAAGCAUCUGCAGAACCAUAUGCUACAGACGACGCAAUCGCACCACCCGCAGUAUCCUUUCACCGGUGGAAACGGUUCCCUGGUGGCCCCGAUGAACCCCUAUCCGGCCAGUACGAAUCCCUUCGUAGGGCCGCCCGGUGGUGUUCCAUCGGCGAUUCCACCGUCGGCUGCGGUCCAUAUGUUGGGGAACGAUCGCCGGCAUCGAAGUCCGGAUCCGCCGCCUAGGUACAACCGAGGCCAGUCGCCAUUACUGCUGCAUCGAAAACUAGAAAAGCUAGGUCAAACUGGGUCACCACUGCUCAAUCAACGCUUCACCUCGGCGUCUCCGUCGCCUCCGCUACCGCCCCGCCGAGGUUCCGAGAGCGUUCCCGGUUCACCGCAGCACAUUCGCACUCGUAUGCACUACACCCCGGAGCCGCACAGGCGACCCUACCGGACGAUAGACCAAUGAGUGGGACUGCAAAUACUGAUCAUGUGAUCGAUGUAUAGCUUUCUGGAUUAAACACCAUCAUCACCCUGCGUCGGCUGGUGUUUAAGGGUUCGCAUCUUCGCUGUUUGUCCGCAUGGUUUUGUCUUUGUCAUCGUCGUUGUCGCCGUUUACCUUUGUCAUCGAUGCCAAAGUUGCCAUUUGUGGCCACGGAACGCUGGAACCCAGGUCGUCGGACAAUGGGUUUUGCGGGUGUUAUUGUACGGGAGUUUGAGAAAGUUUGCUUUCAUGGUUGUGGCUUAUAUUGUUUCCUGACUGACUACCUUAUACAUUCGAUGGAUAAUGUAUAAUUUGUAUGUGGCGCCAGUGCUUUCUGCAUGAAAUGACACGCAUGAAAAAAACGAAAACGAUUAAAAAAUACGAAUUUCGCUUAAUUUGGUUAAGAACGACGAGCUUCUGACUGGCAAACAAUAAACAAAAAAAAAACGUUCA